AUACAGUAUGCAGCUAAAUGUUUUAAUUUACAAUCAGAAUAAAAAAUGUAGGUAAUCAAAAAAAUAUUUUAUCAAACAUCAGCAAUUUAACAAUAUAUAAAUAAGACAAUGGAACAACAGCAACAAAAGAAUACAAUUAUUCCCUUUUAUUACAUAUAAUAUGAAAAUAAUUAAUUGUAUAGUUUUACCCAAAGCUCUGUGUCCAGAAGCUUAUUAUUAGUUGUUUUUCACUAAAUAUUGAAUAAAUAUAACAAUAUGUGUCCAUCAAUAUAACAACAUGAACAGGGAAAAAAACAUGGCUAUUUGUGACAAUAAACAGACAAGAUAAAUGGAAUCCAAGACAGUCUGUUAUUGUGGGCGGUUCCGCGGGUCACGUGAUGGGAAACGUGCAUCUGUUCUCGCUGGAGACAGCAUGGAGAGAUAGAUGGCCUCGAGGAUUCGUUCCUUUCAGCUGUUGAAAAGACUGCCUCGUUAUGUUUUUUUAAGCUUGAUCUAGUUCAUAUUUUAUUAGCUGGUCAAUUGAACGAGUUAACGGAGACGAGUACCCGUCAUUAUCAAAUAAAAAAAUAAAAAAAAUCACGAGGUUUGACUGACUCAAACUUUUAAGACUCGCGCAUCUGUUGUUGCGAUACAAAGUUUUAAAAAAACGACUCGUUCACGAAAGUCACAUUUCGAACAGCUCGCAUCUGGGAAUAGCUCUUGACACAAAGUUAACACCAAAAUAAGUAUUUACAAUGAGGGACAUUAAGAUAUGCCGAAUCUCUGUUAUUAUCUUGUGUGCGGUGAUGUUUGUGGUCGUUUUGGUGGUUAACGCUUUGGCGGGAUCGGGUAAAGGUCCCUUCCAUUCCUCUACAGGUAAUGUUUCAGCCCGUUAUGAGACGGACAUCACCCCCGCUGGGUGGACCUUCUCCAUUUGGGGUGUUAUAUAUACUUGGCUCUCCUUAAUGGUCAUAUAUACGACUCUAUACGUUUUCAGAGGAUCCUGGGCCCAAUGCCUGCUGCCUUACGCCUUCUAUUUCUGCUGGGCUUUCAACAUGUUGCUGAAUAUGAUAUGGCUGCUGUUGUGGGACAGAGAGUUGAUGCUCGCUGCACUGGUUGUGUUGAUCCUGGUAGUGAUUUCCAAUUGCGGGGCCUUGGGAAUAUGUUGCUUUGCCACAGAUUAUUAUGGGCUGUGGCUGAAGACCUAUUACCCGAAAGAUCUGUGCUGUCUCAGGAUUUUGGUCCAGAAUGGUUUGGCUCUCUACACCACAUGGACGGCCAUCGCUUCUUUGAUCAACUUCACUCUGGUCCUUCAGCUGUGGGGCGUGGUCAGGAGCACGGCGGCAACCGCGUGUCUUUGCAUCCUCUUCGCUGAGCUGGUGGCAUGGUUCAUCCUUGAAAACUGGAUACUGGAUCGCUGGGUGCGCAACAUUCUGUCGGUGUACCCUGUCGUGAUCGUGGCGCUGCUUGGAAAUGUCUGGAAACAUUUUGUCCCAGCUGACCCCACUCCAAAUGCGAUCUUUAUGGUUACUCUGCUGGUGUUGGCGUGUAUCCUGCUGCUGUUCCGAGUGUGUAACGUCAUCUGGAGAAACAAACGGAGACCCCUCUUCUCUCCAGGCUCCACACGCUCGCUGAAUUCACCUCUUGAUGGAAGCAAGUUUAAGAUCUUAACCUAAAUAGCUGGCACCACCUUCAGAUCACAGACACAGUUUAAGACCUGCCUUAAAGCAUAUUUGAUAUAUUCCAGUACUUUAUCCAAGUACAUACUGCGGAACCUGGGUACGCGUUGUUAAUUCAUUCCAUAAGGUCCCACUAGAACGGAAACAUACUCUAACCAAAUCACAUUCAUGUUAUUUCUUAUUGGAAUGGUUGAUUUGGUUUGAGUCGGACCUUAUGGAAUGAAUUAACGACGUAGCCAAGGUUCCUCUGUAAUAUCGAUCCAGUCAACCCAAUCCAGAAAGACAAAAAUGUUCACAUAGUUGGACAGUUAUAAUUGUAAAUGCAGAAAACAGCUCAUGGGAAACAUAUACAUGAGCAUUUAAGGUUACUUUUACCUUUAUGGAAGGCCUCAUUGUCAAUGCUGCCACAUUGUCUGUGGGAACAGCCAAAGAAUCAAAUACUUCUUUCCCUUUAAAUAACUUCUCUUUUAUGUUGUUUUUUUAAAUCAGCAUUUCCUCACUCAACGUUUAUAUGUUGAAGCACAUGGGGGGGGGUGGGGGUAUAGUAUUCAUUCAUUCAUUUUCUACCACUUUUUCCUCACGAGGGUCGCGGGGGGCUGGAGCCUAUCCCAGCUGUCUUGGGGCGAGAGGCGGGGUACACCCCGGACUGGUCGCCAGCCAAUCACAGGGCACAUAUAGACAAACAACCAUUCACACUCACAUUCAUACCUAUGGACAAUUUGAAGUCACCAAUUAGCCUAGCAUGUUUUUGGAAUGUGGGAGGAAACCGGAGUACCCGGAGAAAACCCACACGUGUACAGGGAGAACAUGCAAACUCCACACAGAGAUGGCCGAGGGUGGAAUUGAACCCUGGUCUCCUAGCUGUGAGGUCUGCGCGCUAACCACUAGUCCGCCGUGCCGCCCGGGGCAUAGUAUACCGAAUGAUUUGUUCUAUGUUGUGUUCAGGCUAAUGCUACUGUACGUGUAUCAUUAUGUUCAAGUAUACUCAUAUAAUAACUUUAUUGUGUAUGUCAAUAGACACUAAUACAAUAUGUAAAAAUAAAAUACCAUGUUCCCACCAAGUUCAAGCGUACAUCU